CGUAACAGUGGACUUGGAUCUGACGUUCCGCAAUCUCUACCCCAUGAAUCCCAGACACCUAAAAAUCUACACCUCCCUCUAUUCCUCGCUCUCUCCCUGAUAAUCCCACAAUUUCCCCUUUAUGGGCUUCGUCACUCAGUGGCUCUGUCCAAUCCCACCAUGGCUCCCAUCUUCUCCACUGUUUCUUUCCUGUCUGCAACAAUGAAACAGUCACCUCCAUACCCUUUCUUUACAAACACCCACUUCUAAACACCUCUGAAUAAUGAUAGCUCUUAUGGGUAGAAGUCUGAUCUGGGUUUUUAUGUGACUGAAGCUCCAACUCUUAAGAGUGUGAAUUCUUUGCUCUUCUAGUCUUUGUAAAACUAGACUUCCAUUACUCUAUGGACUAUGGGAAGAGAAUUCAGAUAAUGAUAGCUCUGUAACUUUUUCUCUUUGGUUUGUGAAGUGGGAUUGGGAAAGUUGGUUUUUUGAAGAAUUAAUUUAUUUUUGUUGUUGUUUGGGAAAAAUGAUAUCUUCGGGGAUAAAUUUGGUGAUGACGGUGAUAGGGUUCGGGGUGAGCACCAUGUUCAUCGUGUUCGUGUGCACGCGACUCGUUUGCGCUCGGAUUCACUUGAAUGCUUCCAGGCGCUCCUUGCCUGUCGCUUACAGAUCUGAUCUCAGUAUCCUGGAGCGAGGUUUACAUGGUCUUGAACCUGUAGUUGUAGCAAAAUUUCCUACAAGGAAGUAUAGCGAUGAGUUUUUCUCGGCUUCAGAAAAUACUCAAUGCACUGUUUGCCUCGCAGAAUUCCGUGGCGAAGAUACAUUGCGUAUCCUCCCCUACUGUGGGCACUACUUCCAUGUGACCUGCAUAGACAUAUGGCUGCAGCAACAUUCAACAUGUCCUGUUUGUCGAAUAUCAUUGCGUGAGUUUCCUGAGAGAAAACGGUUAAUGCAACCCUUGUUCAGUUCAGCUGUUCGAUCCCAUUACAGUGCAGAGUCCUUCAACACCCAUUCUUAUCAUUGUCUAGCUACUGGUAAUGGGUUUCCAGUGAGAACCCAUGGCAGCGGUGGGAUGGAUCCCAUUCAAGAGGAUCGUUGGGUACCUGAGGGUAAUAGAGCAGAAGCUGGGGAGAACAUCUCCCCAUUAAGUGAGGGUGAUCAGAUCACAAAAGACUCAGGAACCAAGCAUGUAGAAAGCCCCUCAAAUCCCUAAAUCCAUCAAUUUCUUGGAAUCUAAAGCUGCAUUCAUCAGGAAUUAGAAUUAGUUGGAGAUUCAAAUGGGCAUGUACCAAGAAUUGGAAUUGAAUCCAUUGGAACUGUAACCUAGGAAGUUUAUUGUUUUCUCUUGUGGGUUAAUGUAUAUAUUGCAAAAAGUGAUUUGUUUUA